GUUCUCCCCAAUCUCCGUUCCUGAAAGUUUUCCAUCUUGCUCAGUCGUUUCGAAUCUCUUCUUAAGCUUUUCCCAAAUUUUCAGCUCAAAGAAAGUUAUUUUGAUAAGUUGACAUGAGGGGGAGCUUUUGUUUUUGAUAGUCAUCCUGCAGAGUACCUCUGGAACUUCAUGAAGUGUUUGUGUAGUUACCAUGAUGGUGUGAUUAGGAACUCUUUCUCCAGCUGGGCCAUGAAACCUUAGUUGGUUAAUUUAUGCAUGGAAUCUGGAGACUAAAUUUGUUGUUUUUACUGCAUGGAAGACCAUACUUUCUUUGUUGGUCAAGAGUUCCCUGAUGUCAAGGCUUUCCGCAAUGCAAUUAAAGAAGCUGCCAUUGGACAACACUUUGAGCUGCGUAUCAUAAAAAGUGACCUAAUUCGUUACUUUGCAAAGUGUGCUGCAGAAGGAUGUCCAUGGCGCAUUCGUGCGGUGAAGCUUCCUAAUGUUCCAACCUUCACAAUAAGAAGCCUUGAAGGGACACACACUUGUGGAAAGAAUGCACAAAAUGGGCACCAUCAAGCCUCUGUAGAUUGGAUAGUGAGUUUUAUAGAGGAAAGACUGCGGGAUAACAUCAAUUACAAGCCCAAGGAUAUAUUACAUGAUAUUCAUAAACAAUAUGGGAUCACCAUACCGUACAAGCAGGCUUGGCGUGCAAAGGAACGGGGACUAGCUGCAAUUUAUGGCUCUUCUGAAGAAGGAUACUGUUUGCUUCCUUCUUAUUGUGAGCAAUUAAAGAAAACCAACCCUGGAAGUAUUGCAGAGGUGUUUACCUCAGGAGCAGACAGGCGGUUCCAGCGGCUCUUUGUUUCCUUUUAUGCAUCUAUAUAUGGGUUCCUAAAUGGAUGCUUGCCCAUUGUUGGACUGGGUGGUAUCCAGCUAAAAAGCAAAUACCUUGGUACUUUGCUUUCAGCUACUUCUUUUGAUGCUGACGGUGGGUUAUUUCCACUUGCAUUUGGUGUGGUUGAUGUAGAAAAUGAUGAGAGCUGGAUGUGGUUCUUGUCGGAGUUACAUAGGGCUUUAGAGAUGAAUGCUCAGAAUAUGCUGCACCUCACCUUUCUAUCAGAUGGACAAAAAGGCAUCAUGGAUGCAGUGAGAAGGAAGUUCCCAAGUUCUUCUCAUGCAUUUUGCAUGCACCAUUUGACUGAAAGCCUUGGCAAGGAUUUCAAGAACUCAAGGCUUGUUCAUCUUCUCUGGAAAGCAGCAUAUGCUACCACUACUGUUGGUUUUAAAGAGAAAAUGGCUGAAAUGGAGGAGAUUUCCUCUGAAGCUGUAAAGUGGAUCCAACAAUUUCCUCCUUCCAACUGGGCAUUGGUAUAUUUUGAGGGGACACGUUAUGGUCACCUUUCUUCAAACAUUGAGGAAUUUAAUAAAUGGAUCCUUGAAGCUCGAGAGUUGCCCAUAAUCCAGGUGAUUGAUCGCAUUCAUUGUAAAUUAAUGGCUGAGUUUGAGGACAGACGAUCAAAAGCCAAUUCUUGGUUUUCUGUACUCGUCCCAUCUGCUGAGAAGAGAAUGGCGGAGGCAAUAAAUCUGGCGGCUACUUAUCAAGUUCUACGAUCUGAUGAGGUAGAGUUUGAGGUUAUAUCAGCAGAGCGAUCAGAUAUUGUGAAUAUUGGAACCCAUUGUUGUUCCUGCCGGGACUGGCAGCUUUAUGGAAUCCCUUGCUCUCAUGCUGUUGCUGCAGUAAUCUCAUGUCGGAAAGAUGUAUAUGCUCUCACGGAGAAAUGCUUUACUGUUACCAGUUACCGUGAUAUGUAUGCAGAAGAGAUACACCCAAUUCCUGAAAAAGUUGAAUGGAAGAAGUUAGGUGAGGUUCAUAUGGGUGAUGAUGCCCAAGUUGUACGGCCGCCGAAGUUUCGUCGACCACCAGGACGCCCUGAAAAAAAGCGAAUAUGCGUGGAGGAUAUUAGCCGUGAGAAGCAUACCGUGCAUUGCAGUCGAUGUAAUCAAACUGGGCAUUACAAGACUACUUGCAAAGCAGAUGCCAUGAAGGGUAUUGAGCAGUUUUAGGUUUCUAGUUUUGUAGUUUGUAGAAUAUGUUAACAUGAAUAGUGUUGCUGUACUAGGACAUACUUGUCACCCUUCUCAUGUAAAAUAGGGUCAUUGUGUUUUUAGUUUAGAUUGAGUGUAUAAUUGGAAUGAACUUUUGAGGAUAGC